CUUUAGUAAUUGAUAGUGAACUACUCUGUUGUCAACUGAGGCCUACUACAACAGCUGCGGCCGCUGCAGCUAACCCAGUUAAGUUUUUACAUGACCCGAUGUACAUGUCCCUAUUCCGCCUUUGCCCUUCUUUAUUCCGAUGUAACAAAAGCCAAACGCUUCAAACGGCCGAUAGUCAUAGCCCCAUUAACAUUAGCCUUGGCCACUUUGUACUGCCAACAUGAUAUCAGAUAUACGGGACCCGCCAAGGGCCCUGGUGUCGGAAAUGAUGCCGCGUGGCUUAAGAACGGCGUAAGGAAGAGGGUGGAUUAUAUGUGUCGGAGUUGCUGAGGAAUAGGGGAUCAGUAUCAUACGACCUAUGAUACCCCGUUCUUACGGAGACUAUGGAGUUGACUGAACUGCAUUACUUUGCUCUUUUAGAAAGUCUCUUGUCCCAUUUCCCGCUCUGCUACAUUUAA